AUGGCUGAGGAAACCACUCCUCCCACUCAGGCGCCUGCUGCUGCGUCCGAGGAGCCCGAGACCAACAUGGAGGCCGAAGCUCAAGACGUUGACGCGGGCGCUGAAGCGUUAAUAAACCUUACCAUCGUCUUGCCCGACGCCAAUGCUAGCAGGAUGCAGAUUAUGGUCUCUUCUCAAGAACAGGUUCACGAGAUUCGACAGUCCAUCAUUGACCUUCCCUCCGCAUUCCAGUACACUUGCUUCCACCUCGAGUUUAACGGCGAGAAGAUCAACGACUUCAUUCCCCUCUCUGAAAUUCCUGACCUCGGCACUACUCCCGAAUUCCACGUCGUUGAGGACCCAUAUACCGAGAAGGAAGCUCGCAUCCAUUUUGUUCGCAUUCGAGAGCUAAUCGGUGCCUCUGGAGACCGAUGCGACACGGCCCAGGGCCUUCUUCCGGGGCUGUCCCUCUUCGAAACUGUCGCCACAGAGGCCGUCAGCAACACUGAGUCGGCCGAGGAGUCACCCAUUCAGAACUACGAUUUCCAGGCUGUGCCCUCUCUUACCGAGUUGGUCCCUCCUCCCUCUGAGCCCGCUCCCAAGACAGUGAAGCAGAUCUCCUUGUCUUCCUGGAAUCCUCCUCCUCCUCACCUCCGACAGCGUGGCCACUUGCUCUACUUGGUUGUCUCCACCAACGAGGGCGAGCAAUAUCAGAUCACCUCUCACGUUUCGGGCUUCUUCGUCAACAAGUCAUCUAACGCCAAAUUCGAUCCCUUCCCUCGUGCGGCACCCAAGGGUCAGUCAGCUCACUCUUUGCUGAGCCUGAUCGAGCUUGUCUCUGCAUCCUUCGCCGAGUCCUUCACAAAACUCCAGGACUACAACAACCAACGCGACCCUCUCGCCACCUUCCAAAUCACCAACGCUAUUCCUGCUGCUCCUUGGGUGGUUCCCUCUCCUAACUCAACACUUUGCACACAUCUUCCGGAUCCUGCACGAUCUCAGGAGACCUACCUCCUUAAUGGUGUCGAGAACACCGACACUCUGCGAGACUGGAAUGAAGAGUUCCAGUCAGCGAAGGAACUUCCUCGCGAGACCGUUCAGGAUCGUGUCUUCCGAGAACGACUCAUUUCUAAGCUCUUUGCCGAUUAUAAUGAGGCUGCUAGUCGAGGCGCCGUCAUGGUCGCACGAGGUGACAUUGCACCUUUGAACCCCACAGAAUGCAGAGAUGCUCAAAUCUUUGUCUACAACAACAUCUUCUUCUCUUUUGGUGCUGACGGUGUUGGUACAUUCACUUCUGAGGGCGGUGAUGAGGCGGCCCGUGUCGCUACUGGUAAGGAUGUCGCUGGCGUGAAGCUCGUCAACCAAUUGGAUAUUGAGGGGCUUUUCACUCCUGCCACCGUGGUUGUUGACUACCUUGGCAAGCGAAUUGUUGGACAGAGCAUUGUUCCCGGUAUUUUCAAGCAGCGUGAACCUGGUGAGAACCAGAUCGACUACGGUGCUGUGGACGGCAAGGACAUCGUCGCCGCUGAUGAGAGGUUCGCUCCCGGCUUUGCUCAGCUGUCCAAGGCACUGAGAGUCAAGAAGCAUCCUGUUUGGGACAAGGACGGUAAGCGAUUUGACUUGGAGGCCAGUGUGGAAACCAAGGGUCUGCUGGGUACAGACGCCCGCAAGUAUGUCUUGGAUCUAUAUCGUAUCAGCCCCCUCGACAUUGCUUGGCUGGAUGAAGACGGCCUUCCUGAGGAUGGCGAUGCUUACCCUCACCGCAUGACAGUCCUCCGACCGGAGCUCGUCGACUCAUUCUCGCGAUACAGGCUGAAGCAGUGGGUUGAUAAAGAGGUUGCCCGUCGAGCUGAACAAAAGAAGGAGAAGGAAAGUGAGGCCAAGGCCGCAGAGGGUGACGCCAAGGGCGAGGAGAGCGAGGGCGAGGGUGAAGCCUCCAAGGAAGAGGAUAACCAGCCUAACCUGUCAGACUUCAAAUUCGCCCUUAACCCUGACGCUUUUAGUGGCCAGGUUCCUCAGACCGAUGAAGAGAAGGCCGAGUUCGCCGCUGAUGAGGAAGAGGUUAGGGCAGCUGGAAAAUAUCUCCGCGAACAGGUUAUCCCUGACCUGCUCAAGGAUCUUUCCGAGUCCGAGAUCAGCUUCCCCAUGGAUGGCCAGUCAUUGAGCCGACUUCUACACAAGCGCGGUAUCAACGUCAGAUACCUCGGUAAGGUUGCUGAGCUCUCUAGUGAUGGCCGACUCCGAUGCUUGCGCGAUAUUUGCGUCCAGGAUAUGGUUGCCCGAGCCUUUAAGCAUGUUUCUGCUGUUUACCUCAGGCACCUACCAGUCCCUGCUGUUCCUGCUGCUGUUUCUCACCUCCUCAACUGUCUGCUUGGACACAGGUUCAAUGAGAAGCCUGUUGCUGAGCUCGAUCCUUCCAUCCGCAGUCUCUACACUGAUGCCGACUGGUCUUUCGAGAAGGUUACACCUGAGACUUUGCGGCAGAACAUUGAGGAGCAGAUCCUCCAGCGAUUCCGAUAUGAGCUCGACGAGGAGUGGCACAACCAGGUUCGCCCUGUGCAACUUCUUCGUGAGGUGUCGUUGAAGAUUGGUAUUCAGCUUCUAGCCAAGGACUACAGUUUCACGGCUGGGACUGCUGCUGCUGCUGCUGCUGCUGCCGCCGCCGCCACUUCUGAAGCUUCCCCUACAAAGGUCGAGAAGCCUGUUGUCAACGGCCAGGCCAAUGGUGAAUCUGGUAGCAGCAAGAAGAAGAAGAAAGAGCAAGGCUCCCCCGAAGACGUCAUUGACCUCGUUCCUUUAAUCAAGGACUCGUGCCCUCGCAGCGCCCUCGCGGAAGAGGCGCUUGAGGCUGGCCGUAUUUCUCUUCUGCAAAACCAGAAGAAACUGGGCCAGGAGCUUCUCCUGGAAUCCCUUUCCCUACAUGAGCAGAUUUAUGGUAUCUUGCAUCCCGAGGUCGCUCGUGUCUACAACAGCCUAUCUAUGCUCUACUACCAGCUCGACGAGAAGGAGGCUGCUGUUGACCUUGCUCGCAAAGCUAUCAUCGUCGCUGAGAGGACCGUUGGUGUCGACUCGGCCGAGACUCUCCUCAACUACCUCAACCUGAGCCUGUUUCUCCACCAGAUUGGCGACAGUAAGGGCGCUCUUGUGUACUCCAAGCAUGCUCUUAAGAUGUGGAAGGUCAUUUAUGGCCCUGACCAUCCUGAUUCUAUCACAACACUCAACAAUGCUGCUGUGAUGCUCCAGAACCUCAAGGCUUACCACGAGUCUCGACUCUGGUUCGAGGAGUCACUGCGCGUAUGCGAGUCUGUUUUCGGCAAGCAGUCGAUCAACUCUGCUACCCUUCUAUUCCAGCUGGCUCAGGCUCUUGCUUUAGAUCGCGACUCAAAGGGAGCUGUCACUCGCAUGCGAGAGUCUUACAACGUCUUCCUUGCUGAACUUGGGCCUGAGGACAAGAACACCAAGGAGGCCGAGAGCUGGUUGGAGCAGCUCACCCAGAAUGCUGUCAACAUUGCCAAGCAUGCUAAGGACGUUGCUGCUCGAAGACUCCGAACUGGUGUUCGGUUUACCACCAAUCCCUCAAGCUUGGCGGCUUCUAAUGCUACUGUCCCCGGCCGCGCAGGACCUGGUUCACAAGUCGACUCUCGUAGCAUUGAUGAGCUUAUCAAGUUCAUCGAGGGUGGUGAACAUCAGCAGACCAAGAAGCGAACUGGCCGUGGAAACCCUAAGAGGCGAGGCCAAGCUGGAGCGCGAUAG